AUGGCUGAUGCAUUAGCCACGCUGACAGCAAUGUUCAACGUUGGUACCGAUGUCAAGAUUCAACCCAUCAUGAUUAAUCUUCGAGAGUGCCCCGCACACUGCUCCACUGUAGAGGAAGAAGUAAACGGGAAACUGUGGUACCAUGAUAUUGUGCAUUAUCUCAAGUUUCAGCAGUAUCUGGAACAAAGCUCAGAAAAUAAUAAGAAAACCAUUAGAAGGUUGGUAAUGAAUUUCUUCUUAGAUGGGGACAUCUUAUACAAAAGAAGUAGGGAUCAAGUGCUUUUGAGAUGUGUGGAUUCAGCCGAAGCUCAGAGAAUAGUUGAGGAAGUCCACGAAGGAAUUUGUGGGGCACAUGCAAGUGGGCAUAUGUUGGCAAGACAGGGUAUGGAUGUGAUUGGGUUAAUAACCCCGAAGGCAUCAAAUGGGCAUCGGUUUAUUCUGGUGGCGAUUGACUACUUCACUAAGUGGGUAAAAGCAGCAUCUUAUGCCAAUAUAACCCAGAAAGUGGUUUGUAAGUUCAUCCAAAAUGAAAUAAUAUGCCGAUAUAGUCUUCCGAAAAGGAUCAUCACAGAUAACGCUAGUAACCUCAAUGGUUCAAUGAUGAAAGAAGUUUGUGCCAAGUUCAAGAUCAAGCAUCACAAUUCAGUGCCUUAUUGCCCAAAAAUGAAUGGAGCGGUAGAAGCAGCCAACAAGAACAUCAAAAGGAUAAUUAAAAAGAUGACAGAUGUAUACAAAGAUUGGCAUGAGAAGUUACCUUUUGCUUUGCAUGCUUAUCGCACAAUAGUCCGAACUUUCACGGGAGCUACGCCGUUCUCUUGGGUAUAUGGGAUGGAAGCAGUUUUACCAAUUGAAGUAAAAAUCCCUUCUCUAAGGGUCCUUAAAAAAGUACAGUUGGAAGAAGCCGAAUGGGUUAACAUUCGUUAUGAGCAAUUGAAUCUCAUAGAAGAAAAAAGGUUGACAGCACUUUGCCAUGAGCAAUUAUAUCGAAAGAGAAUGAUGAGGGCAUAUGGCAAGAAGGUACAUCAUCGUCAGUUCCAAGAGGGAGAGUUAGUAUUGAAAAGAAUUCUUCCGAACCAGCAAGAUCCUCGAGGGAAAUGGAUGCCGAAUUCGGAAGGACCAUUUGUGGUGAAGAAAGCUUUUUCAAGAGGAGCACUAAUUUUGGCAGAGAUGGACAAAAGAGAGUUUUCCAACCCAAUGAAUGCCGACACUAUCAAGAAAUAUAUUGCGUAA